GCAGAGACACAAAAAAAGAAGUCUGUGCCAGCGAAAAGGAAAAACAGUGAUGGUAAAUCGGCAGAAAAUGACAUCAAGGCGAAAAAGUCUAAGACCCAAACAGAAGACAAGAGUGUGGCUGCUGGAGGAGACGAUUCAGACUCUGACAGCAGUCUGGAUGUAGAUAAAUGGAAGAAACUGGUGCUGCAGAUGACAGAGUCGGACUUAGCCAAGAUGGACACCAUCAAUGCUCUGGACUCAUCUGCACCACCAGCCAUAAAAAAGAGAGUGAGGAAACCCCGCGCUAAGCCUCCUGCAAAAACCGACACUCCUGUUCAACAGAAUAACGGGACGGCUGGAAAGAAUGAAAAGGUGGAGGAGAAAGCCGUGACAGUAACCCCAACAAAGAAUGCUACCUCCAAGAGGAGCAGGCCGAAAAAGAGUGCACCUGUGACGUCCUCUGCCACCCCGAGCCAAGAGCAGAACAUCAACUCUGUAGAGGACACACCAACAACGUCCACAAUCUCCCCAUCUAAACAGACACCAAAGAAGGAGAAAAGGAAAGAUGAGACUCCCAGUGAAGAAAAAAUCGACGAAACAACAACUGAGCCCAAAAAGAAGAAGAAAAAGAAAAAAGAGACUGAAGACAAAGUGGUAGAGAACACAAAUGAGACGGGUGGAGAUGGAAAAGACAAAGACAGUAAAGAAGAAAAGAAAAAGAAGACUAAAGUCACAGAGCAAGAGUUUGGUGAUAAACCUGUGGAGGAGGAUAAAAAUGCAAUCAGGGACGGCAAAGUUAACAAGACUGAAGGAGAAACAAUCGAGAGGAACAAAAAUGGGAAUGUUGAUAAUGGGGAAACCUCAGAGCUAAUAGUGCAAGAAAAGAAACACAAGAAGAAGAAAAAGGAGAAAACUCACAGUGAGGAAAAUUCUGAGCAAAGCGUAUUAGAGAAAGAAAAUCCAGAGCAGAUAGAUGAAGAAAACAAAGCAAAGAUGGGAGAGGAGAGGGCCAACAGUGAGGAAAAUUCAGAGCAGAAAGUUAAAGACAAGAAAUCAAAGAAGAAGAAAAAGGAGAAACCCGAUGAAGAACAUUCAGAGCAGAUGGUUGAAGAAAAGACAAAGAGAAAAAAGCACAAAUCUGAUCAUAACGACGAGAUGUCAGAGUCGAUCGUUGAAGAAAAUGCGACAAAGACAGCAGAGAGCAGUGAGCCAGAGCAGAUUACUGAAGUGAAGAAGAAAAAGAAAAAGGACUCGUCACUGAAAAAUGAUAACGCAGAGCCACUACCUCCACCUGUCCCUGACACAUCCAGUCCUCCAUCAGAGAAGAAGAAAAAGAAGAAAAAGUUGAAAUCAAGUGACGUCCAAGAAACACCUGACGUUUCUGCUCAGGACGCCGCAGAGACACAAACCCUCGAGACACCAUUAAGUGACACGCCCCACAAAAAGAAAAAGAAAUCGUCCAAGAGCACAGAACCGUGAAGAUCCCUGCAGAACCACAGGAUGAAGGCAACACAUCCUGUCCAUCUUAUUUCUAAUCAUAUUUUAAUGGUUAGAAAAUCACUUUAACCUGUAAAGAGAAAAUGACUUUUCUAUUUUGGUACAUUUUUUUAAAAAAAUCUCUUUUUCAUUAUUUUAUGUUCACUGGCAGAGUGUGGCAGACUAUACCACAGCUGUUAUUUUUGUACUGAUACUGCUAUUUUAAUGACAAGAAUAUGUAAAAGGAAUUUGUAAUUGUUUCAUGAAAUGGAUGUUUCUUUUCCAAGUGGAAUUCAGUCGACUGAACGGUAAAGCGUCUCUCUUAAAGGUGCAGCCUGCGAUUCUAAUCCACUCAAAUUCAGCAAAUCUUUCCUCACAGUCGGCCCAACUGUCCAGUGUUCAUUAAAAGGGGAACAAACACGUGGAACAGCACUAUCACGCUGUGCACGGAGAGGAUCAGCUGUGGAUGUACACAAAGGCAGCAGGAGCAAGAGGGCCGGGGAAACUUCUGGAGGAGCACCGACUGCAUGUUGACUUCAUAUAUCAACAAGUUUUUUUCUCAAGAAUCACUGACUCCACCUUCAAACAAAUUUUCAGUCUCAGGAUGGUAUCACACAAUAGUCGUAAAUCUUCAUUUGUUCCCUGUGGACGCCUACAAAAACUGCUCUUAUUGUUAGAAAACAAAACUUUACACCAUGUUUUUAUCAGUUUUCUAUUUAUUCAGAAACCUGUUUUAACAGCCUAUUUCUGGCACUGGGUUAAGUCGCCUAUCUAUGUUUAUGAAAAGCAUGUUGGGUUUUUGAAAAAGGUUUAAAUGUUUGAUAAAGCUGUCAUAUAUGCAUUGUACAUGAUGCUUUUAUAUUUUUUUGCAAA